AGCCCGAGGGACGCGGGUCCGGGCAGAGGGCCGGCGGGGCGUGUUUGAUGGCUUCACUGAGAAGAGUCAAAGUGCUGCUGGUGUUGAACUUGAUCGCCGUGGCCGGCUUCGUAAUCUUCCUGGCCAAGUGCCGGCCCAUCGCGGUGCGCAGCGGAGACGCCUUCCACGAGAUCCGGCCGCGCGCUGAGGCGGCCAACCUCAGCGCGCACAGCGCCAGCCCCAUCCAGGAUGCUGUCCUGAAGCGUCUCUCCCUGCUCGAGGACAUCGUGUACCGGCAGCUGAAUGGCUUAUCCAAAUCGCUGGGGCUCAUUGAGGGUUAUGGUGGGCGUGGGAAAGGGGGUCUUCCCGCUACCCUUUCCCCGGCUGAAGAAGGAAAAGCUAAGGGACCUCACGAGAAGUAUGGUUACAAUUCCUAUCUCAGUGAGAAGAUUUCGCUGGAUCGUUCCAUUCCGGACUAUCGCCCGACCAAGUGCAAGGAGCUAAAGUACUCCAAGGAGCUGCCGCAGAUCUCCAUCAUCUUCAUCUUCGUCAACGAGGCCCUGUCCGUAAUCCUGCGCUCCGUCCACAGCGCUGUCAACCACACGCCUACCCACCUGCUGAAGGAGAUCAUCCUGGUGGACGACAACAGCGAUGAAGAGGAGCUGAAGGCGCCCCUGGAGGAGUACGUCCACAAGCGCUACCCCGGGCUGGUGAAGGUGGUGCGAAACCAGCGGCGGGAGGGCCUGAUCCGGGCCCGCAUCGAGGGCUGGAAGGCAGCCACCGGCCAGAUUACUGGCUUCUUUGACGCCCAUGUGGAGUUCACCGCUGGCUGGGCUGAGCCAGUUCUAUCCCGAAUCCAGGAAAACAGGAAGCGAGUGAUCCUCCCCUCCAUCGACAACAUCAAGCAGGACAACUUCGAGGUGCAGCGGUAUGAGAACUCGGCCCACGGGUACAGCUGGGAGCUGUGGUGCAUGUACAUCAGCCCCCCGAAAGACUGGUGGGACGCCGGGGACCCGUCGCUCCCCAUCAGGACGCCAGCCAUGAUCGGCUGCUCCUUCGUGGUCAACAGGAAGUUCUUCGGUGAGAUUGGUCUUCUCGACCCUGGGAUGGACGUGUACGGAGGAGAGAAUAUAGAACUUGGAAUCAAGGUGUGGCUCUGCGGGGGCAGCAUGGAGGUCCUGCCAUGCUCGCGGGUGGCCCACAUCGAGCGGAAGAAGAAGCCUUACAACAGCAACAUCGGCUUCUACACCAAGAGGAACGCGCUCCGCGUGGCUGAGGUGUGGAUGGACGACUACAAGUCCCACGUGUACAUAGCCUGGAACCUGCCCCUGGAGAACCCGGGCAUCGAUAUCGGCGACGUCUCCGAGAGGCGGGCGUUGAGGACGAGCCUAAAGUGUAAGAACUUCCAGUGGUACCUGGACCACGUGUACCCAGAAAUGAGGAGAUACAACAACACCAUUGCCUACGGGGAGCUUCGAAACAACAAGGCCAAAGACGUCUGCUUGGACCAGGGGCCAUUGGAGAACCACACAGCCAUACUGUACCCGUGCCACGGCUGGGGGCCACAGCUGGCUCGCUACACCAAGGAGGGAUUCCUGCACCUGGGCGCCCUGGGGACCACCACACUGCUGCCUGACACACGCUGCCUGGUGGACAAUGGCAAGAGCCGGCUGCCCCAGCUGCUGGACUGCGACAAGGUCAAGAGCAGCCUGUACAAACGCUGGAAUUUUAUCCAGAACGGUGCCAUCAUGAACAAGGGCACGGGGCGCUGCCUAGAGGUGGAGACGCGAGGCCCGGCAGGCGUGGAUCUCACCCUACGCAGCUGCACCGGGCAGAGGUGGGCCAUCAAGAACACCAUCAAGUAGCAGCCGGCAGCGGGCACGCCGGGAGCCUGGCCCCCAGGACGGACCCGUCCAUCCCUGGGCCUACCACCUGGGUGCAGAGACAUCAAGGGGCCAGCGGGUGCUUGUCCAGGGUCUGGGGCUUCCCCAGACCUCCAAAGGGACAGUCUGUCCAUCAGGCUCUCAGACACCCAGGAGAGUCCACACCCCGGGAAGGUGAACCGAAGCUGGUCACCCGCCGGCCUGAGGUGACCUGGUGCAAAAUCGAAAAGCUGUCCACCUGUCCGCCUGGUCAUCUUUCACCCCAGGGUCAGGGUCUGGGUCCCCUCCUCGAUCCCACCUUUUGCAGCGACAGCAGCUUCUGAUGUCCCUUGGUUCCAAUCAAGGUGUCCAGGGAGACUUCGGCCACCUCCUCGCCACCCCACCCCCAACCCACCAUGUCUCCUGAGAUUCAAUUUCCCGAGGUUGCUUCUGCCCGGAUGCUUGUCCGUCCCCCAGAGAAAGCCGCCACUUGGAACCUUCUGUCCGGUGGCUUGGAUGGUGACAGUCCCAGACUCUCUCCUCCCUGACAGAGCUGAUGCACCCCUAUGACUACCCAGCCACCUAGCUCCCGGGUGCCAGGCCCCGGUCCUGGCCUGUGGCUGAUGGAACAGGAAGGUCUCAGCUUCAAGGGCAGUGAGGGGCCCAGCUGGGGCCAGAGGACCUGGAAGGUUGGACACGGAGCUGCCCCAGGGAGUGGGAACAACCUCCGGGACCUCAGGACCACAGCAGCCAGCCAGCCACAGGCCUGGGCUCUGUGUCAGCCCUCCCAGCUCCACGGCUCCUAGGUGGCCAGGAGAAAGCAGUCUUCCCCUUUCUUAAGAGUAAUAAGCUUUCUUUUCUUGCCCUCUGGUUAGGGUGCCCUUGUAAAUCAGAGUUAAUAUAUGGGUGUGCGUGCGUGCAAAUGCAGGUGUCUGGGCCGCGUGCGAGGCCUGGCGUGUGCAAGCCGGGGAGCGCAUGCAGCUGAGUGCAUGGAGGAGUACACGUGGCUGUGUCCCCUUGGACUGGCCGGGCCACCGCCCACCUGGGUGGGACGAGGACACCGAGCCUCUCUGGGCACUAGCCCAGGCAGGAGGGCCUGGCCUGGCCCCAAGCAUAGCUUGCCACCGCCUCUCCCCUCCUGCGGGCCCCGGCCAGCCCUGCCCAGAACCAGACCCUGUAGCUGCCCAGUCUGCGGUUCACAGCACCGCGUUCAGUGGUCACCCUGCCCCCAGCCCCACCCGUGAAAUAAACAUGUUAGCAUUU